AUGUACAUCAACUGGGCUCUGUACUAUAUUCCAAAAGUUUUCGCUUCUUUUUCGUAUUUGGUGAACCCUAUAUUUUUAUACUUGAUUUUUACGGAAAAAUCUAACAGAUAUGGUAACUAUCGAUUUCUUCUACUUUUCUUUGCCACCUUUAAUGUUUGCUAUUCAUGUUUCACUGUUUUUGUUCCAGUUGAUGUUCACACGUAUCGGUAUUGUUUCUAUAUGUUUAUAAAUGGUGGCUACUUCUUUGAAUCAUCAACUCUUGGACUAAAUAUGCUUAUUGCAAGAUGUGGAAUGAUUUCUGGAAGUUAUGCAAUUCUUUUAAGCCAUUUCCUUUACCGAUAUCUUGUUGUUCGAAACGCUUUUAUAUCUGCACAUUUUAAACUUUAUAUGCUCGGAACGGUCAUGAUGUUUAUAUUCUUUUUUGUAUAUUGGUACGGAGUUGGUAUUAGAUUUGCAUUUGCUGAUGAGGAAGUUAAAGCUUACAUUGGCGAAAACUUUCUCCAUGAUUAUGGAGAAAAUUGCACAACAACCAACUUGGUCUCGUUGUUGUACAAUGAAGCCUCACAUAAAAUUGUAUCACGAUCAUGGUUCACACUUUGUGCGGUAACCGUCAUUUCAACGUUAUCGAUAAGUUUAUAUAUCGUUUUUGGUACUUUAACAAUGCGUAAGCUAAACGAAAAUUCAUUUCGAAUGAGUGCAAGCACCACCAAGCUACAGAAAGCUUUACUAAAAUCUCUAAUUAUUCAAACAAUCAUACCAAUUUGUGUCAGUUAUGCACCAUGUGUACUCUGCUGGUACAGUCCAAUUUUCAAUAUAAACUUGGGAAGAGGAUUAAACUAUCUCGAAGUAAUUGCUCUCGCUGCAUUUCCAUUCUGCGAUCCAUUGGCAAUUAUACUUUGUCUUCCUGUUUUAAGAAAUCGUAUUCUUCAUCACAUCAGACCAGCAAAGAACUCUGUCCAAAUUGAGCUUCCAUAA